AAGCAUCCCUUGCCUAGCGUCUUCAGCAUUCACUUUUCUGGACGGGGUUCUUGGUAUUUAGCGGUACGUGAAGUUUUCGUCGCCAUUUUUCCAUUAUUUGCUAGCUAGCUAGCGGAUCUGGGUUUUCAGUCUUUCGGCGUUGGCAAGUGAGCCACACACGCUGUCCAAUCUGGUGCCGCCGUUGCCGGGCAGCUCAAAAUCACAGUAGAACAACAGCACAGCGCGGAAAAAUCGGUGCGUGCCGGCGCUUCUGCAAAAUGUCGCAGCGGAGCUACACACCCGACGAGCCAGCCGAAGGUGAGGAAGAUGAUGAGUUAAUACCGAGCGCCGAUUCCAAUGAAACGCUGGAUGGCGACAGGUCCGAAACACGGCCAGCCAACACUAGCAGCAAUGAGGCAGAACAGUCGUUUGUUGGCAAAAUUCGCGACAACGUCUCGAGCGUGCUGUCAAGGAUGAUACGCACCGCCAAGGACAGAAUUGUGGCGUCAACUCGGCUGCGCGAUCGCGAGGAUGAUCAUUCCGAUACACAGCCGGCAAAGCGACGCCGUCUGCAGGAAACCGAUGAGGGCGGUAAGCCGUUCCCGGUGCCGGGCAGUCGUGUCGAUCGGUCCUGCCAAACGAAUCAGUCCGAUACGGUGCCGCCGGCGCCGGCAGACAGAUACAGUCGCACAAAUCGUAAUGUAGUGGCGGGCAGUAUCAGCGUUACCUCUGUAUUUGCGCGUACAACCUUGUCCUUCCGGAGCUAUGGGGAAUCGAGCGUGUUUAGGCCGCCUGUAUCGCAUCACAAACUAAAGACCGAACCUGGCGGAAAACGUCAGCGGGAAGAGAUUGAUGAAGACGAGGAAGAGCAGGAGGAGGAGGAGGAGCAGGCUAUCAACAGUAGGCCGAAAGUGUCGAUCGAACCAUUCGAUCCGUAUAAAUUUCUUGCCCAGAACGAUAAAACUCCAAUCGAUCCCAAGCGGCGUUUAACCGGGUUUCUGGGAAACCGAUGCUACCAACGCCGCCAGCAGCAGUUACGCCGUGGGGUGGUGGGAAAGUAUUUCUUUGCCUCGCAUCACAAAUCCACCAAGAAUCUGGACAGUGCGUCCUCCAGCGAAUCUAGCGCUUCCUCCCAGCGUUCAUACUUCAGCCGCGCGGCGUACCGUGCGGCGAGUGGCCAGCGAAUUCCCCCCGAGUACGGUGGAUCCUCGUUCUACAACGGAUUUACGUGCUAUGGCGGUGCAUCUUCCGUCAACACGCUCGGUACCCGAUAUACCGAUUCGCGUUCUAACCAGUACAAUAGCGUUCUGGUGCGCAAACCGAAAAGCGACAGCAGCAGCAUCAGCAGUGCUAGUAGCAGCAACAUAACGACAACAUCGGCCCAAGAAACGUCUACCACCAAGCAGCGGUUGAUGGACAUAUGGCAGGAGUACGAAGUGACUAAAAGAAGGGUAGAGGGACCGUACGCCCGUUCGAACGUUGGGUCGGAGCUGAACCAAAUGGUUAGCCGGGUUCGGCCGUAUGCCGGCACUUCAUGCAUUCCACAAAUGUUGCAGAUAUUGCGCGAGCAGAAGUUGACGUCCGUUGCGAACGUGCGAAAGGCCACGGAAAGCCAUCCACCGACUACACCAUUAAUAGAUGUACGACCGCUAACCUCGGUCCAACCGAUCGCACAGCGAGAACGUAUCGCUGCCUCCGUACGGAAGCCGUUGACAGAGGCAACCAAGACAAGCACAGCUGGUACGGACCCGGUACCGGAGGCGGAAGUGUGUGCCGAUAGUGUGCCGACGGAAAAAAAGAUGAUUGAUCAGCCGGCAGCUGCUUUACAGCGGAAUAAAUCACCAUCCGAGCCGUGGGAGGAUUAUGUGCCAAAAUGUGAUGCUUCAGAAUCAUCGCGAUCACCAUCACCGGUGGAAAAUGAUUUAGACGAUGUGGAGGUGUCGCUACUGUCCGAUGAAUAUGAGGACGAGCAGCAAGAAGAGCCACCGUUCCAUAAGACCCUCACAAGCUCACCCAUAGCCACCGCUGUACAGGAUGAACCGGACCCGUUGUUUAUCUUUGCUGAUCCGAUUGUGAUGAACGCCGGUAGUGACCGGGGCGCGGAAAGGUGUUCCGUACCGGUGCAAUUUCUAUUCGAUGAACCGGAACUGUUGCAGCAACCACAGACGAUUCGCUCGUUCCGCGAACUUAUGGCCGAAUCGGCCAGCAAGUGGAUUUGUGAUGUGUGCAUGAUUCGUAACGAGCCGCACCAGCUGGCUUGCGUUGCGUGCGAAAGUGCGAAACCGUCGAAUCAGGCAAAGGAGCCAGCAUCCCAGCCACAACUACCACCAUCACCGAUAGGCACACCGUCCUCCAGCAGUAGUUUUGCCGCAAUCGUGAGCGUUCAAUCGGCCCGGUGGGAGUGCGAUGCUUGCUGCGUACGGAACGAACCAUCGGCAGUGGUUUGCGUUUGCUGUGGGACGGCUAAAUCUAAUGGAGGAGCGGGAGGAGCAGCAGCGGCACCUGUGCAGGAACCGGAACAGCCACAAAAGGCUAACAACAUGACGACAAUGCCAGCCACGAAUCCAACGGCCGACUCCCCGUUCAGCAAUAUGCCGAAUCUAAAGGAUACGUUCAAAUCGCUUCUCGAACGGCAAGAUGCAGACGACACGUUUAAGAGGGCGUACGAUUUGUGCCAAACACCGGACGCGUUCGAGCAGCGCUCUAGUGGCUGUGAGCAACCGCAACCGUUCGGGUCCGUUCCUAACACGAUCUCUCAAGGCGGCACUUCCAUCGAUUUAUCGCCACCGAACAAUAGGUUUGGGACCGGCAGCAGUGCCUUUAACGGAGUGCAUUCGUUCGGUGUUGAGCCAGCGGGAAUAGCGGCGAAUCCGUUCCAGACAGCAGCAACCGUAUCGCAACCGUUCUUUGCUACCGCUGCCACUCGAAGCAAUGAGACGGAGCUGCAACUACCAUCAUCCCCACCGAAACCGUUCACGUUUACCGGACUUAAAUCAUCUGGCGACGCAACAAUGCAGAGUAGCAGUAAGCAACCACUCUUUGGUGGAAGCAUGUUCGGUGCCGGGAACAUCCAAACCAAUGCCAACAAUGCCAACAAUAACAACGAUGGCUGGUUAUCCUGGGAGAAGAGUGAUGCCACAGCGGCUGACAACAACCCGUUCGGUCUUUUCGCACAAUCGGCUCCUCUGGGAGGCUUUCUCACCGACAACACUUCCACCAGUAUCGCGCCUCAGUCCGCCAAACCAGUAUUUCAAUUUAGCGGAGUGCCACAAUCAACACCAUCAAGCGUGCAAUACCCACCGAGCCCGACCCAAACGAGGCUGGUCGCCCGGAGGUUGAAGCACCGAGGAGUGCGCCGUUUACAAUCGCGCCCGACGUAGAUUUCGCCCUAGAGCUGGAAUCGAUGCUUUUCGAACCAACCGACUGGAACGAUUCGUGGCAUACAUCGGAUGACGAAAUCUACAGCGAGUGCGAUGAUAUGCUGGAUGGAAGUCGUUUUGAUUUGGAACGGCAAUCGUAACGAUUAUUGCGGAGAUGCGAUCGACUUCUGGAUCGACCUUCACCCUAACGUUGGGUGAUCAAAUCUACCAAAAAGAAGAAGUCUGAACCACACACGUACCACCCGAAUCUGUUUGGUUGAAGAAGUAAUAAGGAUUUUACUUAACGAACGAAGGAAUAGAAGGCGAAUGGUUUGUGCCCAUUGUACAAAACAGGGGGUGAAACGAAUAUAAGCAGGACGCAGUGUGAGUAGGCAGUAAAGACAAGACAACAGAAAGAUGGGGAAAGCGUAAGAAAAAGUGAACUGAGAUGUGGUGAGGUAAUAAUAUUAUCUUCUGAUUUAAGCUAAUUUAUAAAACAAUCAGAUUGCGCCAGCACACGGUACAUCAAAGCGUUCGCGUGAACUAGAAAACAGAGGAAAAAAGAUAGCAUUCUAUAUCCUAACGCCUAUUUGGAGGGUAUUUGUUAUAUAUACACGUGUUAAAGAGGUGGAAGGCUAACGGAAACGGAAAACCAUGUUACUGCAGCUCAGGACGUUACUAGCGCUAGGAAAUGAAUUAGAACAGCGGCAACGGCACCCGGAAGAGGGGGAGUGUUGCAAACGAGAGUAGUAAAGGGCGAGCUAGAGAAGAUAAAGAUCAUCAAGCACGUUAAACAAACUCGCGUGCGCGCAAUGCAGCUAAUUUUCCUUUUUUUUGGUUUUUUGUUUCUUUCCCACCCACCCCCAAUUUGUACAAAACUCGGGAUAUACGGCGUGUGAACGAUCAACGAUGCACGCUAGAAGGGAUGCAUCCAGCCAUCUCUCAUCCACGUUUGCACGUACGCGAAGUUAUAACUACGGUGCUAAAUAAAGUAAAUAUAUACAUGCAUGUAUAGCAUGCGCCAAGACAGUUCGCCAAGAGCUGGAGAGAAAAA